AUGAUUCAUAUUGAUGUCAAAUCGCAUAAAUGUGGAAUAUGCGAAAAGAAAUUCACCUUCGGUGCUAGUUUGAAAGUGCACUUGAGAGUUCACUCGAAAGAAAAGCCGUAUGCGUGUAAGAUAUGUGGAAAAACUUUUAGCUACAGCAGCAGCUGUAACAGUCAUUUGAAAACACAUACUGACCAGAAGGAAUAUAAAUGCGAAAUUUGUUCGAAAAUGUUCAGUUGGAAAAUAAGUCUUAAAUUGCAUAUGCGUGACAAGAGGUAUCAGUGUGAAAUAUGUGGAAAAUACUUGAAUGGAACUAUAAGCUUGAAAGGCCAUCAAGUUGUUCAUAGUGCAGAAAGAAAUUAUAAAUGUCCAUUGUGUGACAAAUCAUUCAAGCGAUCUUACGAUGUGCAAAUGCAUUUACAUGUGCACACUGGUUUGAGGAACAAAAAUGAGUGCAAAAUAUGUUGGAAGAAAUUUAGUGGCUCAAGUGCCGUGAAAAAACACAUGAUAACGCACACGAAAGAAAGAAAUUUUAAAUGUGAAGAGUGCCCAAAAACGUUCAAACAUCCCGCAGCUGUGCGAGCUCAUAUGUGGAUCCACACAGGCCCUAAAGUUCAUAAUUGUGAGAUAUGUGGAAAAUCGUUCAGAUCACCUUCAAGUUUAAAAAGGCAUGUACAUGUGCACAGUGUCUCUAAAAGCUUUGAAUGCAAAGUAUGUGCAAAAAGAUUUAAGCAUCCUUCAAGUCUGGAUAGACAUUCACUCCUUCAUACUGGCGCAAAACAAAAGGAGUGA